UAUCUUAUAUAUGUAAAUUAAUUUUUAGAAAACAUAUUGAUAAGCGGUUUGAUAAGUACCAUACGGUACUUAUACGGUUACUUAAGAAACGAUUAGUCAUACGACAACAUGUUGAAUCACCAUCACUAAACCAAAUCAGUCAAAAAAAAGUUUGUGCUUGGAAAAAUAUUUCUGCUUGACAGCAAUUGGAAUUAAAUAAAUUAAUUAAUAACAAAUAAAUAAACAAGAAGUAACUUUUGAAAGCUUGUGUGUUACAGCAAAAAAUCCAAACUGAUUUUGAAAAUGGCCCAAGGUUCCACCUUGGCUACAGCCAACAAGGUUUUCAUACAGCGCGACUACAGCGAAGGCACAUCUGUCAAAUUCCACACACGACUGCCCAGCGAGCUGGAAGGCUUGAUUGAACGUCAAGUAUUUGAAUCAACCAUCAACAGACUUAAUGAAUUUUUUGCCGAAGCGGAGCAAGGCUCAUGCAGUACAUAUUGUGAGGGAUGCAUUGGGUGUAUUACGGCUUAUUUAAUCUAUAUGUGUGCUGAGACGCAUUAUGAAAAAACACUUCGUAAAAUUUCCAAAUUCAUCGCUUCCCAAAAUGAACGCAUUUACAAUCCUAAAGGUCUACAAAUUAUCGAUCCCACCUAUCGUGGCUUGCGUGUCAUAGAAAUAUCGAUAUUGGAUAGACCAGGAAGGACGUGACUCCCACUAUCACACUCUACUGAAGAAUUUUUCAUGUAAUAUUUUUGCGCAUAAAAAGCUUACGAAGCAGCAGGAUUCGUUCGUAGUCACCAAAUUAAUGCAUCAGCAGCCAAACUUCAAAAGGAAAAUUUGUCAUUAAAAACUGAUAUGUUUUAUUAUAAUUUUGUUACAUAUAUAAUAAUUUAAUUAAUAAUUUUUUUCAUUUCGGUUGUUUAUUAAUAUAUAAUGUUUUAUAUUAGCAUAUUUUUAAUACGAGAAGAGAGCAGUGUUUCAUAUUUAGGUUUAAGCUCUAAAAGCUAUAGGGACGCAAACAAAUUUACAAUAAUUUUAUUAAUUUAUUGUAUUUAUACACACACAUAUAUAUAU